CAGUAGGUUUAGAACAGUGGUAUAGGACUGCACGGGAUUGGUUUCUCCGGGUAGGGUCGGGAGCAGAGGAGCUCAAGAAUGCGUAAGGCAGGUAAACGCUGCAUGGUUUCGUGGUAUAAACAUAAGCAGUCUGAACCCUGUAUAGUGUAUAGUAGAUAUAUUUGACAAAUAAUAAGAACCGGAAUUUAAUCAACAAAUGUCAACGACAUUUCUGCAGUGCCAGCAGUGCCAAUCAAACCAAUUUCAACCAACAUUAUACAUCAACACAGUGACAGUGAUAUUCAUGGCAUAACUCGUAAAAAAAUAAAUUUUUAAUUUGAUAAACAUGAGACUAAAAGUGACUGUGAGAAAAUGGCAAAAUUAUAAUCAAAAUUAGUGAGACUAGAGGGUUGGAAUUCCAGUCAAGUAUGGAGAUGACAGAGCGGAACAAGGAUUUUGUCGGAGUUGAGAAGGACGGGUUCAAUUUCUCUGGGUUAGAAGUAAAUGGUUCCGGAGAAGGGUUUGAUGAAGGAGGAACAAUUCGGAGGAAUGCUGCAGCGCAUCUUAAUCAGAUUGGAGCAGAAAUACAGCUCACAGCUUCUGUCAGUGGAGUAGUUCCUGAUGAUACCUUUACAGUGAGCCAAGCUAUUAGUAGUAUCGGGUUUGGUAGAUUUCAGAUCCUUCUCAGUCUAGCUGUUGGUCUCUGCUGGAUGGCAGAUAGUAUGGAAAUGAUGAUCCUAUCUAUUCUACCCUUGUCUCUGCACUGUGAGUGGGGAAUAGAUCAGUACAGACAAGCCUUCCUGACAACCAUAGUUUUUAUAGGUAUGAUGUUAAGUUCCAUGUUCUGGGGCAAGGUCUCAGAUAGAUUUGGAAGAAAACCAGCUCUCAUCAUUUCUGGGAUAUUUCUUUUUUUCUAUGCUUUUCUUAGCUCCUUCUCUCCGUCCUAUCCAUGGAUAUUAUGUCUCAGAUUUAUGGUUGGUUUCAACAUCGGCUGCGUACCACAGUCUGUGACGCUAUACGCAGAGUUUUUACCCAGCAAGCAGCGUGGAAAAUGCGUAGUUCUUCUGGACUGCUUCUGGGCCCUCGGAGCAUGUUUAGAGGUUUUGCUUGCAAUGUUUAUAAUGCCUUCUCUGGGUUGGAGAUGGUUGCUGGCUAUCUCCUCUCUACCCAGCUUAAUGUUCCUUCUUGCAGCCUCAUGGCUUCCAGAGUCACCAAGAUUUAUGGCUGCGAGCGGUCAGAGUGAGAAAGCUCUAGAAACACUGACUAAAGUAGCAAAUCAAAACGGAAAGUCGAUGCUAUUGGGUCGACUUAUUGUCGACGACGUACACACUUUAAGUCGAGGACGACUGGGAGAUCUUCUGUCGAAAGAGUUGAGAAAAACGACAAUUCUACUCUGGGUUAUAUGGUUAACUGCAUCAUUUGCGUACUACGGUGUUGUGCUGAUGUCGACCGAACUGUUUAAUUCAACCGACCAUCUUUGUUCCAGAACAUUCGAUAAGAAGAUUGAACCGACCUGCUCCGCAGAUUGUCAUCCAUUAAAGAUGUCGGACUACAACCACCUGUUAUGGACUACCCUGGCUGAGUUCCCUGGUAUAGUCGUAUCUUUAAUCCUGAUUGAGAAACUAGGAAGGAAAUACACAAUGGCUCUAGAAUUUCUAGGGUUCACUAUUGUUCUCUGCACCCUUUACUAUUGCGCUGCGGAUAGAACAUCGGUCACGGUCAUCCUGUUCUUUGCCCGGGCACUAGGCAGCGGGUUGUUCCAAACUGCGUAUGUCUACACUCCUGAGGUGUAUCCUACUGUACUGCGGAGUGUAGGGGUGGGAUCCUGUUCUGGGGUGGCAAGGUUGGGAGCCAUGCUUACUCCAUAUAUAGCUCAGGUGCUCUUGCAAAGAUCGUUCCAGGGUGCUGUAUCUGUUUACGUUAUUUCUACUCUGCUUGCAACCCUCUGCUGUUUCUUCCUACCUAUAGAAACUAGAGGACGAGAAAUGAAAGAUCAAAAUCAUUAAUUCAAAUUUUAUCUUCUCUAUUGUGAUAUGUCGUGUUGUGAUGAAAAAACUUAUAUCGAAAAAUUCUGUUUCUUUUAACUUCAUUGUUUGUUUUAUCCGAGUCGUUUACAACAUUAUGUUUAAUCAAAAUUGCUGUGCCCCCCCCGCUUCCCCCAUCCGCUAGGAAAUUGUGAAAUAGGGGGGGGGGGGUAUGGGAACCCCCAAUUUUUGUUUGUGUUCUUCAGUUUUAAAAGUGGAAAAUAAGAUUUCAAGUGGGGCAAAGACCUCUGCCCUCAAUGAUUCGAGGGGAGGGCACUGUCCCUUGCUCCCCCCCCCCUAUUUACGCCCUUGGGCUUUAUUUUGUAAAAAGUGAGAUUAUAAUGAUGACCAUCAAUAUUAAAUGAUAAGUGUUAAAGAACCAAAAUUUAAAAAAUCUCUUCCAUUGUUUUAAACGUUAUACCUAUCCAUGUAUCAAACUAUAAAUACAAUUAUACUAUAUAUUGCUCAAUUAUAUAAUUAAAUAAAAUUUGGUGCUUUAA